AACAAAUGAGCAAGCGGCGCACUCGAUCCGGCGGAUCUGCCGAGCACAGCGCAGGCCUCUCACUCGCGAAGACGAGAGCUCGUGGACAGAGAACGGCUACAGCAGGUGUGACGGAUGUUGCUGAAGCGACAGGGAGGCACGAGGAUGUUGUGACUGCAGACUCGUCGGAAGCAGAGAAUAGGAAACAGAUGCACGUGAUCAACGUGCCACAAUGGCUAGAAGAGAAUAAGACGUCGUUCUUACCACCAGUCUGUAACAGAAUGAUGCAUCAAGAUGGUCAACUAAAGAUCAUGUACAUUGGAGGUCCCAAUGAGAGAAGAGAUUAUCAUAUUGAAGAGGGAGAAGAAAUGUUCUAUAUGGCACAAGGUGAUAUGUGCUUGAAGAUAAUUGAGAAAGGAAAACCCAAAGACGUCCCUAUCAAAGAGGGAGAGAUAUUUGUGUUGCCGUCUCGUAUUCCACACUCCCCUCAGAGAGAUGAGAACACAAGAGGCUUGGUGAUUGAGAGAGAACGACAACUGACCGAGAAAGAUGGUCUACGAUUUUACUGUGAAGAUGGUGUGACUGUGUUGUAUGAAGAAUGGUUCCACUGCACUGACCUUGGCACACAGCUGGUCCCGAUUAUUACAAGAUAUAAAGAAUCUGAAGAAUUCAAGACAGGAAAACCAAAUAAACACGCCAUGAGCAAGGAGUUGCCAUUGAAAAUUGAUGUCAACACUGAAGUAGAUCAUCCAGUGCUACUGAAACAGUGGCUUACUGACAAUAAAUCUACUAUUGCUAGCAAAGGAUCGGCAGAAUUGUAUGGAAAUGGAGAAUUUAAGGUAUCUGUAUUUGGUGUGGGCAGUGAGGAAACAAUUAACACUGAACAUGAGACAUACCUUUGGCAAUUGGAGGGAGACUCGACAGUUAUAUCAGGCAACAGCUCAUGUGUCAUGCACAAGGAUGACACUCUUCUAAUUCCCAGUUCUUUAGACACAACAUAUACUGUGAAGCAUACUGAGAACAGUUUGCAAAUGGUCAUAUGGAUAGAUGAACUUGCAAACAAGGAGUAGAAGAAGCGAUAAUUAUGAAUGCAGUGAUACACAUGAUGACUGUGUAUAGUUACACUGACUUUGAACAGUUUCACACUUGAGGAGACUGACAGCAGAUUUUUGUCUCAGCAAUGAAAAUGUUUACUGAAAAA